GGCGCUGUUUGAAGCUGGCGGCGCGGCGUCAACCACCAAGCAGCUUCAGCACGGGCGUCCAUUGAAAGUCGGAAGUUGUUUUUUGGUUUGUGAAACUUGACAAAAUGGCAGAGGACAACAGUUAUGAGUCGAUGCUGUGUGUGAAGCCAGAGGUUCAUGUUUACCGGAUCCCGCCGCGGGCCUCCAACCGCGGAUAUCGAGCUGCUGACUGGAAACUGGAUGAACCUGCGUGGAGCGGUAGGAUGAAAAUCACAGCCAAAGGAAAGAUGGCUUUCAUCAAGCUGGAGGACAAAAACACAGGAGAGCUGUUUGCACAAGCUCCAGUUGAUCAGUAUCCUGGUUCUGUGGUGGAAGCCGUCACAGACUCCAGCAGGUACUUUGUCAUCCGGAUAGAAGACGGCAACGGACGUCAUGCUUUCAUUGGUUUGGGUUUUGCUGAUCGUGGAGACUCAUUUGACUUUAAUGUUGCUUUACAAGAUCAUUUUAAAUGGGUGAAGCAGGAGGGUGAGCUGGCCAAGAUGGAAGCCUCGCAAACUGCAGCACCCAAGUUGGAUCUGAGCUUUAAGGAGGGACAGACCAUCAAGAUCAGCCUUGGGAACAUUAAGAAGAAGGAUGCCGGUGGUGUCAAACCACGGCCCGUGGGUGGAGGUCUGCUCCCGCCUCCUCCAGGAGUAAAAGCCGGAGGGAUUCAGCUUCCUCCAGGAGGACAGCCGACUGUAGCGGCAGCACAGCCCAACGCCGCCACUCUUUUAGACUUCGGCUCCCUCACCUCUGCAACACAACCCAGUUCUGACCUGUGGGGCGAUUUCACAUCUGCAGGGUCAAACUCCAACAACGAUGCUGUCAAACCAGGAUGGGUGCAGUUCAGCUGAGUUUAAGGAAGCGAGCUCACACUCAGGUUCCAAGCAUUCCCUGGACAGGAUGAUUGUGAUUAAAUAAAAUCAGAAAGAGGGGAACUGGUUUCAGAUUUCACAGCUGCUCUCACUCUUAAAGAAAACAUCAUAGCCUGCUGACCAACACACUCUGGAGGAUCAAACAGUAACAUGAUUUAUUUUUACAGUUCUUCUUCAUUCUCUGCUAUGCAGUAGGAUUUGUUUUUAGUUAUUUAUCUUUUUUAAAACAAGGGAAAAUCUGUCUCGUCACACUAACUGUGCUGAAUUUUUCAUCUCCACCUUAAAUAUUCCUUGUCGUUAGUUUUUUCAAUGUUAGUCUUUCCAGAAUUUGAUUGAAUUCCUUCAAACGUCACAGAAUGAUUUUAUUACGUCUUUCAUUUAGCUGUAUAACAGCAUGUUUUUGGUUUGUUUCAGCUGAUGCUCAUACCAAGAUUUUUUUAAUCACCUUUUGGGUUAAAGGAAAUUCUCCUUGUUUUGGUUGUUGUGUGUUUUUGUUUGUCAGACGUCCUGUUUGUCCUUUUUGCUUUAGAUUGGGCUUUUCCAUCAAAUGAAACUUCAUUCUGUCUCUCUGCUACCCUAAUCUGAUGAAGUGCCUUCCUGAAAAUACCUAAAAUAUGUUAAGUAUAAACAUUUUUGUGUAAAUAAACAAUAUAUUUUAAAGA